UGUCCGCUCAGAGCCCGGGCAGCGGCGGCGGCAGCGAAGGGAGGCACCGGCAGCGCCUCCCUCGUCGCCUCCAUCGCCUCCUUCUUCAUCGCCGCCUUCUCCAUCCCCUCCGCCACCGCUCCCUCCGCCAUGAACUCGCUGCUGUUCGGGGAGAUGGCCCGCGCCUUCUCCCCCGCCGCCGCCGCCUCUUCCUCGUCCUCCUGCCCGCUGGGCCCCGGCGGCGGCGGCCCCGCGGCGGCCGGCGGGGGCCCCCCGGUCACGGCCGCGCUGCGGAACGACCUGGGCUCCAACAUCCACCUGCUGAAGGGGCUGAACGUGCGGUUCCGCUGCUUCCUGGCCAAGGUGCACGAGCUGGAGCGGCGCAACCGGCUGCUGGAGAAGCAGCUGGCGGCCCAGCAGAGCGAGCGCGACCGGCGGCUGCGCUACAAGACCUUCUCCCGGGACCAGGCGGUGCAGACGGACGGCGGGACCCCCCCGCUGCUGCCGCCGCCGGGCCCCGGGCACGGCGCGCUGCCCUCGCCGCCGCACUACGGGCGCCUGCCCGGCACCAUCUGGAGCUACACCCAGGUCCGCCGCACCGGGGGCGGCGGCUUGGAGACCGUGCAGGGCCCCGGCGUGUCCUGGAUCCACCCGGACGGGGUCGGGGUGCAGAUCGACACCAUCACCCCCGAGAUCCGCGCCCUCUACAACGUGCUGGCCAAAGUCAAGCGGGAGCGCGACGAGUACAAGAGAAAGUGGGAAGAGGAACUGACAAGAAGGAUGAGUCUGGAAUCUAUGGUAGAAACCUUGCGAGAGGAGGCACAGGAAGCAGAAGCUCUCCAGGAGGAGUUGAAUGAGAAGAUUGAGAGACUGAAAGCAGAACUUGUGGUCUUUAAGGGUCUGAUGAGUGAUCCCAUGACAGACCUGGACACAAAGAUCCAAGAAAAGGCCAUGAAGGUGGACAUGGACAUCUGCCGCCGAAUCGAUAUCACGGCCAAGCUGUGCGAUGUCGCACAGCAGCGCAACUCGGAAGACGUUUCCAAGAUAUUCCAGGUGGCUUCCAAGAAGAAGGAGCGCAAGCUCCCGUCGGACGACGACCUGUCGGAGCAGGACGGGGACAACGGGCGAUUCUCUGACGACGAGGUCAGCUGCUCCCUCAACAUCACAGAUGAAAUGAAGAGGAUGUUUAACCAGCUACGGGAGACAUUUGAUUUUGAUGACGACUGUGAUAGUUUAACAUGGGAGGAGAAUGAGGAAACACUGCUGCUCUGGGAGGACUUCACCAACUGCAAUCCUUCAAUCGACCUCCAAGGAGAGGAAGAAAACCUGGGAAACCUGAUCCAUGAAACAGAGUCUUUCUUUAAAACAAGAGACAAGGAAUACCAAGAAACAAUAGGGCAGAUAGAGCUGGAAUUAGCCACAGCCAAGAGUGACAUGAAUCGCCACCUUCAUGAAUAUAUGGAAAUGUGCAGCAUGAAAAGGGGCCUGGAUGUCCAAAUGGAAACCUGUCGGAGGCUCAUCAAAGGCUCAGCUGACAGGAAUUCUCCAUCUCCCAGCUCUGUAGCCAGCAGUGACUCAGGAAACACAGAUGAAAUUCAGGAUGAUUUGGACAGAGAAACGGAUGUGGAGCCCAUGGUCAGCUGAUACAAAGUUGGAGCAUUUUGGUGAAGGCGAAGAUGGAAGAAAAGAUUCAAACCCAACACAUUGAUGGAGGAAAGAUGAAAGACUUGCAAGCCCUUGCAAGUCUCUAAGGACUCAUUCCUACACGCAUCCCCACCCCACCCAAGGAUUGGUGCUGUAAAUUUCUAUUGUUCUACAAACCAUAAAUGCAGAGUCCUGUAAGAGAACACGGGGUUUUAAUUGUGCCUUUGCCCCAAGCUGAGCCACUUUGAGCUCCAGUAGAAUAUUAUUAGCAGGUGUUUUUAUAAAAUACAUUGUUUAAAAAAUGCAAAGCUGGAAGCAGCAGAGAAUGGUGCUGCAAAGGCUCUGGGUACUUCAACAAGCUGCUGGUUUUAUUGAGCUGCUGCACUGAUGGGCAAAAGGAACACUGGCAAAAAGAGCAGCAAACCCAAGACAAUUCUAGUGCAAUCACCAAUGUCUGGCACAA